UGAGAAAAGCUUUUUUGGUUCACGGUGGCUAUUGUUUCGAAAAUGGUAGCAACGAAAGCACCCUAUUCCGGUGGACUUGUGGUACUUUCACCUCUUGUACAAAGUCCGGAACAUAAUGUAGUGCUUAUUUCACGGAACAUCGAGGUUGAAUACACUUGCAUAUUGCAUGUUGCAGGUGGAGAACACACUGGCAUUGUUAUCAAUAAGCUUACCGAUGGAAAGCCAAAUUUAAAAUGUGAUGUCUCGCUCACUUUUUCCGUGUGGCUACGAAAUGGGAAUAUGAAGAAGCAGGAGAACCGUUGCUUCCGUUUCCGGUUUUUCGAAGAUACGGGAAGUGCUGACAAGCAUGCUAUAGCUCAACAAUUCUUCCGGGAUCUUGUCAAUAUUUUUCCAAGAGAUUAUGUAACAUUUCUGAAGCGAAUUUUGAAGCUCAUGCAAAACGAUUAUGUUGCUUUGCGAGAAAUCGAAAUUGACAUGCAGUUUGCGAAGGAAGAUGAAACAUACCAGAUGCCUGAUCCUAAGCAAUAUGAUUCUGGUUCUGAAGUUGAGAACGUUACCGUAGCUCAUGUACAGGAAGUUCUGGAACACGCAUAUCCAAAUGGUUUAUCUGUGGACAUUAUUGCGGAAUCUUUGCGUUGUACAAGCAAGGAAGUUAAUGGAUUUCUUCAUGAACUAGAAGCACUAGGUGUUGUACAAAAGCUGCAGAAUGAAUGGAUUCGUGUGAGCGCUGUCGAUAACAUUGAAUUAUCUCGAACUCCAGCUAGCUUCGGUCCACGUGACCACCCUACUGUUGCUAUCUUAACAUGCUUGUUUACUGAGAAACAGAGCAUUGAUGCGAUCAUUGAUAACAGUACGACGGUUCAUCGUUACCGUUCCGGUGGUGAUUCCAAUAUUUAUACCCUUGGAUGGAUUGGAAAGCAUCGGGUUGUUGCGACGAAAUUGGCGGUUAUUGGUGAUAGUCGUGAAGCAACAACAUCUGCUGGUUCUAUCACAACUCGUCUUCUGGGUAAUUUUCAACAUGUUGAGCAUGUAUUUAUCGUUGGUGUUGGUGGCGGUGUUGCUCAUUACACGGAUGCUACGCGACACGUACGUCUUGGUGACGUCGUUGUCAGCAGUCCGGAUCCGAAUUCUUAUGUGUUUGCGCAUGCCUAUACUAUUGAUAGAACGACAGAACAUGUAAAUGGCUUCCUAGUUCGAAAUUGGAAUCCUCAAGAUGCAAUUAUUGCUCAUAUUGCAAAAAAUAUGGACGAAAAAAUGAUAGCAGAAUGGAACUCGAUAACGAAAACAACCAUUGAUCAUUUGGAUGCUGCCAACGGCGACAUGAGUUUUUCAAGACCGCCGCCACAGGCUGAUUUAUUAGCUGUCCCUGUUGGUGGUGGGCAGGUAGUUGUCAUCCCACAUCCUAAUUCGGAAAGAGUUGACUCGGCAGUUCAUGUUGGUUCCAUUGGAGCAAUGGUUUCAUAUAGAAAGCAGACAUUUGCUAAUGAAGAGCAGAUUGGUGACGACACUAGUGGUGCUACGGCUCAAUUUCGUGACAAAUUUGCCGCAAACCAUAAUUUACGUGCGGUUGAUGCUGGUUUCGAUUCUGUUAUUGCUGCCAUAAAUGGCUCACGAAUUGAUAGCUGGACACUGAUCCGUGGUAUUACAGAUUAUCAACACGGUCAAAGUCGCGCUAGUCGUGUGUGGCAGGGUUAUAGCAGUGUCCGUGCUGCUGCAUUAACCAAAACAUUGAUUCUUCGUUUACCUCUUUCCAAUGCGAACAAUUAAGGAAAAGUGAUCAGUUUUACUGUUUUCGGGCUUACCAUGUUAACGUUCUAGAGAAAUAAGUGUACAUGUUGCACUCAGGAAUGUAUAUUCAUGCGAAUCAGAUUUUAAUAAUUUGCAAAUUCUAAACAAAAUGUAUUUUAAGAAAGAUUUAUUAUUUCAACUCCUAAAAAUGGGUAUUGCUUCGAAAUUACUCAAAUAUAC